AUACACCCGAGAUCUUAAUAAUGGAAGCUUCUGCAUCAUCUAAGGGCCAUGAUGACCAAGUUCACAGUGCAAGGUCAGCGGAUUCCGUCAAUUCUCUUUUACUUCAACUGGGAGAGUGCGACAAAGCAGAGUUGCUAAAAGAGAAAAUUUCACAGGGAUGGAAGUAUGGUGGGUGGGAUGAUUCUCACCUACCUGGUGAUCAGGAUUCUGAUUGGUUCAUCUUCAAGGGUGAAGGAUGCUCCGUAAUUUUGAAGGUGCCACAAGUCACAGGUUGUCAGUUGAAAGCGGUGCUUUUCAAUGUUGGGUAUUCUGCUUGUGUGGAUGACACAAGGCCUCAAUUUCUCAUAAAUGUUCUAAUCAUUAACCACACAAAGGAUACGAUUAAAUUACUAAAAGGGGACCCAGCAACUUUCCCUGAAGAUGCAGAAUGGCAGAGUAUCAUUUCAAGUUUUCAACCUGGUGACAUCGUGCAGCUUAUUAUAAGUAUUGGGCCUCAAUUUCAUGUGAAGAAGAUUGCAGCAUACCUGGUUUAUGACGGUUCUAAGCGUCGCAGGUUAUUGAAAUAAUUGUUGCACAAAUUGAUCCCGGUUUGUAAUAUAUCCUCGGUACUUCUGCUGUAGGCUGUAAUUUUUAGAAAGGGAAAAUAACGACUACGGGAUUUUUAAGCAAGAUAAUGACAAUUGAGGAGCCCAAAAUUUCAAACUGCCAAUUGCUACAGAUUUCAGCCAAGAUUUUUACUAGUCAGCUAGAGCAUUUUGAUUCUUAGAAUUUUCCUAAUUAGGAAAUGACCUUGAUCUUCAAUUGGCAUUUUCAAGUUUCAGGGUCAUUAACCGUCAUUAUCCUGCUAAAGCUGAUCCUACCUGCCAUUUUCCCUUUCAAAAUCUGUCGUGAUAUGUUCGACAAUGUAGUGUGUUUGACUGCUUGUGUGUGAAGACUCAGAUGGGUGAAUUGGACUUUGAAAAGAUUAUUGUUGUUUUUAAGUUA